AUGCAGCGUUUGUCUUCAGCUUCAGAGUGUAUUCCAUGGCUUGUGGUCCUCAUCGUCGAAUGUCUGGCCAUAGUCAUCCUUAAUAUCAUCACCAUUGUUGUUUUUGUGAAAAAGAAGCGUCAGCUACAGCGGCGGAGUACAUAUUUGAUCAUCCAUCUGGCGAUAGUCGAUCUCUUAGUGGGCGUAGUGUCUGGGCCUCUACAGAUUGAACACAUAAUUGGGAGUCUCUGUUCUCUAUGGAAAUACAGACGAAAGACUAUGUGGUCUCAUCGUUUAUCUUUUGCAUUUGUACAUUUAUUCUCGUUCACUUCCCUUACCAAUCUUAUUGCUAUUUCCUUAGAACGGCUUCACGCAACAUUUUGUCCAUUCAGGCAUCGCUUUGUGAGGAAAUGGGUUCAUAGAGCCAUAACUAUUGUCAUUUGGUUUAUAGCUAUUGUUAGAGAAGCCGCUCAAAUUUUCUUAUUGGAAAUUGUUGAUGUAGUGGUAAUUGAUACUUACUUGUAUAUCUUAUUUUAUGCAGUUUCUCUAUUUAUUAUCUGUGUAUCUUACAUCCUCGUUGUUAUCAAAGUACGAUGUAGUCGUCAUCCUCAAUUCCAUUCUAGGUCCAAAAGAGAAAGAAAACUGACGGGUACUGCGCUUAUCGUUUCACUUGUAUCUUUACUUUGUCUUCUACCAGCGAUGAUAUAUGUAGCAUGUCGUCACAUUUCCUUCACUUGUUUGAUGAAUGUUCAUUUUAAUUUGGCUACGCUAAUUCUAUUCUUAGCUAACUCACUUGUAAAUCCUAUAAUUUACGCUCUUCGGAUGCCAGGAUUCAGAGAAGGUUUAUUACAGCUAGUUUACAGGGUCCCUAACCUUUCUCGUGUCGCCCCAGCAAACCUGCCUCUUCGUAACCUUUAG